GGAAAAGUUAGUCAAGAUGGCAAAUCCCACAGACCCGGAGUGAAGGGGCACCGCUCCCCAAAAAGCUGAGCCUGUCGCCCGUCCUGAGACAAACCCAACGAUGCAAACUGCGCCAGGAGGCUUAAGAGGGAUUCCCUGAAGAAAAAUGCCAGUGAGGCUGAAGCUGAUGUGACACAGAGUGUGCUGGAAGACAGCUGACUCAUCAAAUAUCAGUCCUCUGGGAGCAACUAAUCAGCAUAGAGCAGCUCAUAUCACCUAAUGCCCAGCUUGUAGACCACCUCACAACCCCCCCACCCAAGAACGGAGAUUAUUAAACAGAAGAAGACAGUGCAGAAACCCCUCCAGCAGGAGUAUAUCCCACAUCGGCUGCUGGCGAAACAAAUUUUGGCACCAAACGGCCUAAAGGAGACUGCUGUCCAAGCUUGCCACCACAGCUAAAAAAUGGCAUCACAGUGCUACAUCUGGACCUCAUCAACUGACUGAGCACCCCUGUGUGUAGAAGCAUCAACAAUCAUCUGAAAAGACCACCAUCAUCCUCCAUCAGUUUUGCCCAAACCAUCAUUGUAAGGUUUGGGGAGGUUGCGCUGAGUGGCUCGCCACGCCUCACAGCCCGGCUCGGCACCACAGCAGUCUGUCAGUCAUCACCCCGUCUCGCAGACCAUGAUGUUUCGCGAUCAGGUGGGCGUGCUAGCCAGCUGGUUUAAGGGGUGGAAUGAGUGCGAGCAGACGGUGGCUCUGUUGUCCCUGUUGAAGAGGGUGAGCCGGACCCAGGCCCGCUUCCUGCAGCUCUGUCUGGAGCACUCCCUCGCCGAGUGCACCGAACUGCAGGUCCUGGAGGGAGAGGCCAACAAUCCAGGGGUGAUCAGCCAGUGGCAAGGUGAGUCUAAGGAGCGUGUCAUCUCACUUGUCCUCACUCACCUCCCGCUGCUCAAACCAGGCAACGUUGAAGCCAAGGGUGAGUACAUGCGACUGCUGCCUCGCAUCCUGGCCCACACCAUCGAGCAUGGCCAUCACCUGGAGGAGUCUCGCCAACUCCUCUCCUACGCCCUCAUCCACCCCGCCACCUCCCUGGAAGACCGCGCCGCUCUGGCACUCUGGCUCAAUCACCUGGAGGAGAGGGCUGCUGCCCGGGGAGACUCACUGGAAAGGCCUCCUCCUGCUGGGCCGCACCACCACCACCACCAGUCCACACCUCCAUCCACCCUCUCCUCAUCAGGAUCCUCCUCCUCCACUAACACCUCUUCAUCAGGCAAUCUCUAUUCCUUGCAUCAGCACCAGCGCUACGGCUCAGACGACCGCCUCAAUGGGUGGCAGAGCUCCAGGGAUUCGGGGCUGGGCGGAGGCUGGCAUCAGCAGCAGCAGGGCUGUGAGAACGGUCACCUCCUUCUCUACCCAUCAUCUUCUGUGCCAGCAACCAUCAACACAGUUGGAACUGGUGGAGGCAGUAACACUAUCCUGACGAGUGGAGGUGGCAGCCAGCACAGUCCCCUGAAGCGCUCCGUGUCCCUCACGCCUCCCAUGAGUGGCCCAAGCAGUCAGCCUCUGGGUCACGUCUGGCUGUCCCAGGAAGACCUACGGACUGCCAGAGGCCCAGCCCCAGAUCAUGCACCUCUCUCACCUCAGAGCAGCAUUGCCUCCUCUGGCAGUGGAGGCAGUGAGCACCUGGAGGAGGCUGGUUUAGGAGGAGGUUCAGGUCUGCAUCGCAGUUCUUUCCAUGAGGAGGGCAGUGGCAUGAGGGAUGUUCCUGCGUGGCUGAAGAGUCUCCGUCUCCAUAAGUAUGCUGCUCUCUUCUCCACAAUGACCUACGAUGAGAUGUUGUCACUGACUGAGGAGCAGCUAGAAGCACAGAAGGUCACUAAAGGAGCAAGACACAAGAUUGUUAUCAGCAUUCUGAAGCUCAAAGAGAGGCAGAAUCUACUGCGCAGCCUGGAAAAGGAUGUGUUGGAGGGCAGUAAUCUGCGCGCCCCGCUGCAGGAGCUCCACCAGAUGAUCAUGACACCUAUCAAGGCUUUCAGCGGUGGUGAGGAGGCCUCCCUGCAGCGCCCCCUGCUGAGCCCUGAGGGCAAGAGCGCUGCACCUGGCUCCCACCUGAGUGGGGGUGGUGGAGGGGAGGCUGAGUCAGGCACCAGCGUCAUCGCAGAGGGAGAUCUACCUGGCCAGUUCACUCGCGUCAUGGGCAAAGUUUGUACCCAGCUACUGGUGUCGAGGUCAGAUGAGGAAAACAUCAGCUCCUACCUACAACUCAUCGACAAGUGCCUUAUCCAUGAGUCCUUCACUGAUACGCAGAAAAAGAGGCUGUUGUCAUGGAAACAACAGGUUCAGAGGCUGUUCCGGUCCAUUCCGAGGAAAACCCUCCUUGACAUUGCAGGGUACCGGCCGCAGAGGAGCCGUUUCGGCCAGUCCAACUCUCUCCCCACCGCUAGCUGUGUCGGGGGCAGCGUGUCAGCCAGGAGGAGCCUUCGCCAGUUCCAGAUGCCCUCCAGGAGCUUGCCAGGUGCCAGGCUGGGCCUGUUGGGCAGCGGGGGGCUGCUGGGACCCACACCUCGCAGCUCCAGCAGCACACCCACUGGCCCUAAGCAGGGGAGACAGGGUUUGUGGUUCGCCAACCCUGGAGGAAGCAACAGCAUGCCCAGCCGGACACACAGCUCCGUGCAGAGGACCCGGUCCCUUCCAGUUCACACCACGCCACAAACUAUGGUCAUGUUCCAACAAGCUGAUCUUCAGUUACCGGUGACAGAGCCAGACAUCAACAAUCGCCUUGAGUCUCUGUGUCUGAGUAUGACAGAGCAUGCCUUGGGAGACGGUGCUGACCGCACAUCAACAAUAUGAAAUGAGGACCUCAGUGAGAGCAGUAGGACAGCGCAGGUUCACGAGGCUCUCUCACGAUAAGUCACCUCGAGGUCACCAGCCCUCCUGUCCCCUCUCCCUGUAGCCAAUGGUAGAGCUCAACCAAAGGAUCGGGCGGGAUCCAAGAAACACAAGAGAGCCGGUCAUCAAACCGCGAACACAAGCUAUCACAUUGGCACCGUCCAUCGGGUCGGAAAAACACACUUCCUGCUCCGCCAGCAUGCUCACAGUCACCUGCAUCUGGGUGAGGAGAGAGAAAAGCUUUGAACACGGCCUGGACAGUGUGUGAACAGCGCCCCCCCCCCCCCCCACUUGGAGAGGCCAGAUGCAAUACUGCAGCCCAGUCAGUCCCAGCAGACGGGAGAUGCUGGCUUGUGGAUCAGGGCCCAGUGAGACUGAGGCCCUUUCCCUCUCUGACACCCUCUGGUCCCCGCGCAUCGACCACAGCUCGUGGCAUCUUUCAAAUCCAUAACAGUACCUCAGACCCAACAAUAAGAUGAGACGAGCAGAGCUAGAAGGAUCCAGAAGGAAGUUUGGAAUUUCCUUGACUGUUUUCAUUGAGAACUGAGUGUCCAGUGAGGAUGCUCGUAGAGCUUGGGAAAGCCUCUUGCUCAGUAUUGGGUGGCAAAAAUAUCAUUUAUUUGUUUUGUAUGUAUUUAUUGUUUACAUAAUGAUGCUACUUUCAAAGGGUACAGAAACAUGUAUGAAUUUCAGGUAUGAAUCGUGUAAUAUUCUGUAAAGCCUUGGCUGUCUACCAGCUUUACGUCCCAUGAGUAGCCAUCACGCUAGUUUACAACCAACGUGCUUAUCCUUUAUUUUAGCAGCCGGCAACACAGACGUGUUGGCUUGAACAUUUACCAAGAGAGAACAAGAGAGCAGAGUGAGAGAGAAGGAGGUAGAGCAGACGUGUGAAGAGGGAUGAGAGGAAGACGGUGAUGUGGAGAAAGACACAGGAAGUGUUAGGAGAAAGAAUCGAGGUGAAGUGAUACUGGAGAGGGAAGCGGAUGUUUAAAAGAGAAAGACAUCAGAGGCAGGACCUUUGAUCGGCUGAUGAUGACAGAGGAAGAUGAUGUCAUGUCUAAUCAUAUUCUGAGUCUGUGAGUGAGUGUCGGAGGAAGUGAGCUUGGCAGCGGUCAGUUACAUAGUGUUUAUCCAUAGCAUGUACUGUAAGAACUCUUUGAAUUCAGAGACUUUGUAGGCACAACGCAUUGAAGAUGUACGUUUUUAUAUACGUAAAUGGGAGAUUAAUACGGCUGUAUCGUCGGUGGAAUCUGUCUGCAUGUUCAGAUACCGGGUUUAGUGUUUUUUCUAAAGCAGGGUGAUAUGCUUAAGCUGCAUGUUACAACUAAAUAUCUUUCUUGGAGGAAAGGAAGAUUGUGAAAUGUGGAGUGGCAGAAAAAAACAGGAGGUCGACUUGGUUUCCACUCAGACCUUGUUGCUGAGAGGAUUGCAACAUUGGAGAAAUCACACACAGUCAAUCCAUGAAGGGACGUUUUCCCAGAGAUUGUCUCAUUAGUGCUUACCUCCACCUGCUGGCCAAACACUGUCACAGCAGGGCAGAUGCUGAAGUCCAUGGAGUCACUGGCACUCUACAGGUGGUUGAUAAAUCAUUUGUGAUUUCUGAUAACAGAGAUAUCAGUGCUGCAGGAAGACUGCCGGUGGAACAUGGUCCUGUCUGUUCUGUCUGUGCAGGCCUACAUGGAAUUUAUUUUCUUUUUUAAUUCUGAAUCUCAUGGUUAUUCUGUGUCUUAAUAUUUAUCCACAGUUUAUUGUGUCUGGAAUACAGACUUUAUAAGGAUAGGUUUAUAUCGAAAUAAGCUGGUUAGGAAACUCCCCUCUGUGCCGCUUUCAACUAAGCACGUGUGCUGCGAGUCCUGACCUGAAUGGUCAUUGUUGAGGGUUGUUGAUUAUUGUUGUUUAGUUUCUUCAUUAGUUUGUUGCAAUUCUAUAGUACUUCCUUUGUAUCCUGCACUUGAUAUGAUAAUGUGAUACACUAAAUCCAAAUGUUCAAGGCUCAAGUAACAGUUUGGUGCUUUGGAGUCGGAACAAACGGAGCAGAUGGAAGAGACACUCGCUCUCGACUGUAGAGCUACAGUCUCAGCAGACAAAAGUCAAGCGGUGGAACCACAACAGGUGGCGCCGUUGAAUCCUGCAGCGGAGACAAAAAACCCUCGUUGAUUGCUGUUUGUCUGAUGGUGCAUGUUGGAGUUGAAACUACUUCUCAUGUCAUUUCAGCCAGAGCUGAAUCAUCCUACACACUUAAAGGACCAUACCAGUGUUUAUGCAUGUUUUAGCCCAUUCACUACCAUCUGAAUGCACCUUACAUUACUACCAACUGUUUUUAGAUCUUUUGAGUCGGCUUAUCUUACUAUGGUAUCAGAAUUAACUCUAACUAGUGUGAGAAAGUCAAUCCAUCACAGUAAACAGUAAAGUUUCUCUUGUUUGAUGCAGUGCAUAUCUGCACCUGCGAAUGAACUGAGCUUCAGGUCUUUGCAGCCUGUGUCAUACCACAAUACAAACCACUGGAUACCUGUUAGUCUGAGGAAACAUUGUCAAAAUCAAAUACAGCACGGCAUGCUUUGCAAAUUAGCCAGCGGUGAGGCAUUCAGUAUGUGAACUGUAUCAAAGGGACUAAAACAUGCAGAAACAGGCCUGUCUUGCUUCAGAUCCAGUGAUGGACAGUCUGGAUCUGUGCACAUUCAGUGCAGACAGAUAGUUCACACACACCACAGAUAAUGUGUGUGGGUGUUUUACAGCCAUGACAUCGCUGUGCACUCUUCAGAUUUCUGUCUCUGUGUCUGUGUGAGCGUGUGCGUGUUUUGUGCUCUUAUUGUUAAGAGUCUAUAAGAGCCAAUCAGACACCAUCAGUAACUUUUUAAACGAAGAGGAAGACUCCGCCAAAGCAUGAAUGUGACAUGAACCCAUUGUAAUCCUGAAUGGAGAAACUGAUGUUACACCUUUGACAUGAUGUUUUUUUUCCUGAUGCUCUUCCCUGAGAAUCAGACUGUUUCAGUGUCACUGCCAUAUGAAUCAGUACUUAAAGUAGAUACAAUUAUUUAUUCUUUUUUUCAUAAUUUUUGCAGAGGUGAUACUUUUACUCAUUUAGGUGUAUUAUUAUUUAAAGUACCAUAUGUAUUAACAUGUUAUGGCUGGUGACCAUACGUACAUCUCAAAUAUUAACAUAGUUAUUGUUGACUUGGACUAUUUUUUCCUUUUCUUUUUUUUUUCUUGCUGUUGUUGAACUAUAAUCUUGUUUUUAUCUAUCAGUGUCAUGUUGAGAUUUUUCAUGUGAAGCUUCGCUGUCGGAGCGCAGCUGAGAGCCAGAGCCGGUCCAUCACAGAUACAUCCAUUCAUGUUCGGUUACAGAAUUCACAUCGGACGAGCCGUCUGCAAACGGAACAGCAGUGUGUUAAUGUAGUUUUGGCAGGCCAGGAAGUAGACUGGGCCAUUCUGAUCUGGAGUCUGAAGUUGGUGCUGUGGGCGUUUUAGCGCCAAACUUGAUGGUCCUGAGUGGGAGAGGUUUAUACUGUAGGUUUCUGGGUAUGUUUAAAGGACAAGGCUGUUUUUUUCUUAUUUUUUUGUAUUGUAACAAAUCUCACGAAAAGACCAAAUUCAACAAUGUCUUCAUCUGUCUCUCAGUACUUUCUGACUUCCCUGCCCUGUAUGUGGCUAUCAACACCGAGCGCAUUGUUUCUACUGAAAACAAACUGUUCAAAACUGGUUUGAAAAAUAUUUAGUUUCAUAUGUUUAAAAAAGAGCUCAGUGAUUUCCUAAAACAGCAGGUCACUGUAGUUUUUAUCAAGCUUUACUCAAACAUGAGGACAUCUUUCAUUUGCUGGGGACUAUUGUCAGCGGCGGAUGAAUCCACAUGUGGUGCUCUUGUGAGUGUAUUCAGGCAUGUCUUCAUCAGCUGGUUUGGAGUAAAUUAAAUGGAGGCUACAGAGAGCUGGUACAGGCUGCAUAAGGCAAGGCAGUAAUAAACAGAGUAGAAGAAGUAGAGGUCACGAACCGGACACAAAACCAGUUUUUUGCCAACCACCAAUAAUCCUCAAAGAAGAAGAAGAAGAAGAAACAAAACUGUGCAUAACAAUGCGGAUGGAGACACGGCUGCUGUGUGUGUUCAUGGUGAUGAAGGAACAUGUCAGCCAGAGCCACAGUGUGGCUCAUUAAUGUGUUUUUAAUGCAGCUCAAUGGCUCAGAGGAAGAAGAUCUAUCAGGCUGUGAUACACACACACACACACACACAUCAGUUCGUUGCUGGCUUUGGUUGUUUCAUUGGAUUUGUUUAUAUUAAGAGAAGAAGAAUAUCACCAGACUUCUCCUUUAAACAUGUUUCACAUCGUGUUACCUGCAGCCAGUAAUGUAAUCAAAGGGAUUGUUAAAACUGUAGUAUUUUUACAGUAUUUUUAUUUACUUUCAUAUCAGUUUGCCAUGUUUGAGUUAUAAAGGUGUUGAUACAAACGUGAGACUGACAUUUAUUUCAGUUUUGUAUAAAAACACGAGUUCUCUUCUGUGCCACAUGUAGAAAUACUGACUGACAGCCUUCAGAUAGUUUGUGUUUUUUCAAUGAGACGUAACAGAGCAGCGUUACAAGUUUUGUAUUCAGAGUUCAAAAGAAAAGCACAGGCCUCCAGCUCCUACUCACCCUGGUUUCCUGCAGCAUCUCUGGGUCAAAGAGGCGAACCUGUGACGAGACGCUGGAGGGUUUCAGCUCCGGGUCUGGAUCAUUACACAUCUCUUCAAACCAAAUCCUUUAUUUUUGUUUUUUUCUAAAUGCAUAUCAGCUCUGUGGGUGACCAGGAGUGCUUCUAAUGCUGUGCACACUGCAGUAUUAACAGUUAGAUAACGCCUUGAUAUUCCAAAAACAUUUAAUGUACUUUAAGUCAAGACAUAUAUGCUGUUUUGUAUCUUUAAAUUUUUUUUUCAUAGAUUCUGCAGUUUAGUCAGUUUAUGUCAUUACUGGGAUGCCAAGACUUUUUUUUUUUUUUUUUGUAAAUUCAGCUGCAUCCAUUCUGUAACAAAGUGUUACUGCUUGACUGUGCUCCUCGAUUUCAUUUAGUUUUAUUUUAUCAAAGAGCCGAUGUCCUGUAUUGACUGCAGGCUUACGUAUAUAUUUGACAAAAAGAUUAUUGUAUGUUUAAUAAUAAAAAAACACAAAAAAGACAAAAAAUGGAAGAAAAUGCAGAAAAAAGGAGAAAAUGGAAAAAAGUGUAAUUUAUAUUUUAAAACUGCAUGCACAAGGCUGGGAAAGUCAUAUUUAGAAUAACAAAUGGCAGUGCCUUUUUUCUACUCGAGACAUUCACCCCAAAUGUAAAUGGUUUUAUGUAGACUUUAAAAACUGUAACGUGACAGCUGUGCCGGUCUCGUUCACACUGCAGCUUCUUGUGUCCUGAUUCAGAUUCUUCCUCCUCCUCCUUUCUGGGUGACCCUGCGUUGUUUAACACACAAUUCACCUGUUUUUCUGACUUUUUAAAUCUGACCUGUGGUCAUGUGACAAGAUUACUGAUGCUGGUUUAACGUCACAGAAUUGAUCACUGUGUCCAAACAUUCACUAUGUUGAUGAUGAUGAUAUUCAGAGAGGAAGAAGACUUUGUGUGGACCGAUCCGUAAUACAGGCCUGCAACCAACAGUUCUUUUCAUUAUCGAUUAAUAUGCAGAUUAUUGGUUGAUUGAUUAAUCUUUUGGUCUUUUAAAGGUCAGGCACCACAGUUUAGAGUCAGGCAAAAUUAUGUUCAAACAGAAUCUGCAACCAUCAAAUGUUUAAGUCUCUUUUGUCCGAAAAGUGACCCAAAGGAUUGAUUAUGAAAAACAACUUCACAAUCACCAUUUUUGAUUUGUCAUUUUAAAUAGUGCAGCAGUGAGAUGCAUCAAUUCUCCAAACUCUGACCAGAUCAGUGAUUUAAUGUAGCGCCACCUGUGGUGCUGCAGUAGAUCGAUACUGAUGUUAUAAAGUCACUGUAGUCACUGUUUUCUAUUUUCUUACUAACUCAUAGUUUCCACGUGCAGUUCAGAAGUGACAGUAGUUAGAGUGAAGUGUGCAGCUCGCACAUGAACAAAUAGUCCCUCUCAGUUGGAUGCAGAUGUACAGAUUUUGAACUGGCACCUAAAGAGAACUGCUAUUUGAUUUGUUCUCUAGGACGCAUUAAGGCGUCAUUAAAAUCUAAACUUAUUUUACAGCAGCUCAAAUCAACGUUGAGGAAAAUUUAAACCUGUGACUUCAGGUUUAUUGUUCAUGGACAGAUGAUCAGAAGUCUUCAGAUUAGAGUGUUCAGAAGAAACUUCUGUUGGAUGUCAAACCUUCACUGAUGAAAGCAGCGUCUCGCCUGAUUGGUGCUGCUCUCAAAACCAAACAUGACCCUUCAGGCAGACUUGAAUCUGAAUUGAGCGCUGAGGCGUACAGUGUGAACGCGUCCUGCGGCGGUGAACUCGGUCUGUUGUGUCUGUACUCUGUAGGUACUUCUUAAUGCUGAUAUGAAGUUAGGAAUUAUUCUGGUCUGUACAAAAAAAUGUGUGUGAAUGAGUGUGUGACAGUGAGGGUGUGUGUGUGUGUGUGUGUGUGCGUGUACAUUCAAGUGUUUUUCAAUGUGUCUUGCUGUAAUUUUGUCGCGACGUACCAGAAUGCUGUGACUUGGCAUGCCCCCGUUAUACAUAAAAAAAAGUUGUAACUCCUCCAGUGUGUCUGUGUGGGUGAUUCAGUCUGGGGCCUUGAAAAGGGCCUUGAAAGUUUUUCUUUCU